UUUUUCUUUUUUUUUUUGCUGUCACCCCCCAUUUUUAAGUUUUCCUUCCCCUCCGCACCGGCACUUCCGGCUGGUUUCCGGGCGCUUUCCGGGCGAGCGGCUCCGGCGGCGGCGGGGGCGAUGCUGGAGGCGGCGGCGGGGGCCGCUGCGGGCGGCGCGGAGCAGCGCGGCAGCCGCUUCAGCGUCCUGACGUGGGAGCAGGUGCAGCGGCUGGACCAGAUCCUGGGCGAGGCCGUGCCCAUCCACGGCCGCGGCAACUUCCCCACGCUGUCGGUGCGGCCGCGCACCAUCGUGCAGGUUGUCCGAAGCCGCCUGGAGAAGAAGGGAAUCCCAGUGCACAACGUCAGGCUGAACGGCUCAGCAGCCAGUCACGUCCUCCACCAGGACAGUGGCUUGGGCUACAAGGACCUGGACCUCAUCUUCGGCGUGGAUCUGAAGACCGAGGACGUUUUCCAGCUGGUUAAAGAUGUGGUCAUGGAUUGCCUGCUUGACUUCCUCCCCGAAGGAGUCAACAAGGACAAGAUCACGCCCGUGACCCUGAAGGAGGCCUACGUGCAGAAGCUGGUGAAGGUGUGCAACGAGACCGACCGCUGGAGCCUCAUCUCGCUCUCCAACAACAGCGGCAAGAACGUGGAGCUCAAGUUCGUGGACUCCCUGCGCCGCCAGUUCGAGUUCAGCGUGGACUCCUUCCAGAUCAUCCUGGACUCGCUCCUGCUCUUCGGGGAGUGCUCGGAGAACCCCAUGGCCGAGAACUUCCACCCCACGGUCACCGGGGAGAGCAUGUACGGGGACUUCGAGGAGGCCAUGGAGCACCUGCGGCAGCGCGUCAUCGCCACGCGCAACCCCGAGGAGAUCCGGGGCGGGGGGCUCCUCAAGUACUGCAACCUCCUGGUCAGGGGCUUCAAGCCCAAGUCCGAGGUGGAUAUGAAGGCCCUGCAGAGGUACAUGUGCUCCAGGUUUUUCAUAGACUUCUCUGACAUCGGCGAGCAGCUGAGGAAGCUGGAGUGUUACCUGCAGAGCCACUUUGUGGGCAUGGAGAGCAACAGAUAUGACUAUUUGAUGACCCUGCACAGGGUGGUCAACGAGAGCACGGUCUGCCUCAUGGGACACGAGAGGAGGCAGACCCUGAACCUCAUUGCCAUGCUGGCUGUGAGGGUCCUGGCUGAGCAGAACAUCAUCCCCACCGUCACAAACGUUACCUGCUUCUACCAGCCAGCCCCUUAUGUCAGUGAAAUAAACUUCAACUACUACGUGACCCAUGUGCAGCCCUUCCUGCCUUGCAAUCAGUCCUACCCCACGUGGCUUCCCUGUAACUGAGCCAGGACAAACUCCAGGGUCUGUCCUCCAAGGUAUUUCCUUGCCUUGGGGGGGUUGGGAGGGUGGGGAGGGGGAACAAAAUAAAACCUACCAACCUUCCUAGAACUGCAACAAAAGGAAACUUCCUGGACUCUGGCUUGAGUGUCUCGUUCCUGGGGUUGUUGGAACGAGCCUUGUCUGCUGUACACUGUGAUGGGAAGUGCAGUGUUAUGGGAAUGACUCCUUAUGGAAUUGUGGAGGCAAUGGGGUGGGUGGGGUGUGUGAGGGGAGACUGUAGAAUUACGCUAAGGUAGAGCUGCACUGCCCUGAAAUGGAUCUGAAUUGUGGAUUUUUUUGGUUUUUUUUUUUAGUGCAGGAGGUGUUAUGGGUGUGCAAACUUGUGGUUUCUGCCAAGAGAAGCCAGGGUGGCUAAUUCCUUUGAAGGACCAAAGAAUCCUGUUUAAGUGCCUGUAACAAUACAAACACAACUGUACUGUAAACCUUUAUUAUUUUUUGCGGGGGCUGAUGGCCCAGAGCUUUAGUGGGGAAUGUCUGAAGAGGAAAAUGUUUCUGUCGUGGGUGGGGAGGGUCGCAAGAUCAUUUCUUAUCCUGGCUGAGGCCAGAGCAGGUUCUGUGUCGCUGAGGGGUUUGGGCAUGGCUUGCUGCCCGUGAAGGACCAGCUGGAGCCAAGAGCUGCCAAAGUGGGGCUGCACAACCCAGGGGCUGGAAUGGCUGCGUGGAAAUGCCUGAAACUGGGAGCACUGGGGAGGGGGGAGUGUGUGGUGGGAGAUGCUGUGCAGGGCUCGCUGGAAGAAAGGCAGCAGGGACCUGCACAUGGAUCUCCUCAAGCUCCCAAGUCUGCAGUGCCAAAAUGUAGUAGAGUUCCUAAAUGAUGAGGCAGAUGAUUUGUCCAGGAGCCUGCCCCAGGCUGCCAUACCUAAUCCUGUAUUUUCUAGGGGAAUUUGAAAUGCUGCUCUUCCGAAUUUUUUUUUUUUUGACAUGCAGUGUGAUUUUAAUGCACAAAGCCACAGGCCAGCUGGGCCAUGGGGAAGGUGAGGCUUGUCCUUUGAAGCACAAACCAUCCAGGUCACUGGUCAGUCAUUUCCAGCUAUUGUUGUGUCCUCCAGGGGGGUGGACAGACCUCUUCCAUGCUGGAGAUCAUCCCUUGGGCAGGUCCUGUCUCCAAAACAGCCCAUUCCCAGCUCUGUGAUUCCCUGUGGGAGCCACUGGUAGCAUUUGAAAUUCAUUCUCUAGCUAGAAAUGGAGCCUGGGGGCGGAAGGGGGGAUGAGGUUAGUCGGCCUUAGGGGAAAAAAAUGUCUUCUGAACAGACCCUCAGGUGUUUGGAGGGUUUGGCUCUCUCAGUCCAACGUGGCUUUGAAGCUGUUGAGUGUCCUGAGCACAAGAGUUUUUCACGGGGGUGCCUGGGCUGCCCUGCCCGCAGAGAUCUCAGGUUUCAGAGGGCGGGCAGCAGGCAUUCCCUAGGGAUGCUGCUCGGGAUCACCGCGGCUGCCUGGUGCUGCCUCCGAGGCUGACCUACUCCAGUGCUUUACAAACUUGUGGUUUUUUUGGUGUUUUUUUUUUUUGUUUUUGUGACAAAACUGUAAUAGCCGGGCAGAUUGAAAUAAAGACUAGAUCCUUGGAAUGUGUAUAGCCAGAUUGGUACCUUUUUUGGGGUAGGGGCAAUGUGGAUGGGCAGUAAGGGGGGUGGGGGUGGCUCUUCCACCUGGCAUCAGCUGCAGCUGGCCCAGCUCUGCUCCCUGAGCUUGUUGCAGGUUUUGGCUGCCCCUGCAGCUCAGCUCUGCCUUCAUGGCAGUCCCAGCUCCCCAGAGCCUCAUCCCUGUGCUGGGAGCUUGGCAUUUCCCAUGCAAGGUAAAACUGAUUUAGGGCUGCUUUUGGGAGCCUAACUGUGCCACUCCCGUGGCUUCCAGGAACAUGAGUUUUUUUUUCCUUGCAUUUGAAAUGGAACAUAGAUGCCGUGUAGCAUGUUUUUUACAGGCUGCUCCUACCCACAGACACAAUACACUGAGAUUCCCUCCUUCCCUUUGAGAUGUCCAACAGAUCCCCUACAGCCAGCAGCUCCACAGGGCGACCUACCAUUGAGAUAGCACUUUGGAUUUGUGGAUUGUGUGUGGUGGGACUCUUGUGAGUGGCUUGAACCUGAAUUUUUCUAGACCUUGCAGUGAUACUGUGCUGCCUCCUGUGAGGGAGCAAUUGGAAGAUUCCAGUAGCUUGAAUGGCACUUGAUUUAAUUUUUUUUUUCAGUGUUUUGUUUGUUUUAAAUGUCUUUUUUUUUUUCCUACACCUGUAUCACCUGUCAUGCGAUGGGCUUGACAUAGACUCACUAGAUUCUUUAGAAUCUGUUACGAAUAAAUACAGUGUAUUCAAACUUGUUGGAUUAUUUUAUUUGCUUGUCCAUCUGGGUGGUGUGAUGACGAGAUGCCCGUGUACUGUUCCCACAAAAACCAGGCUCAGAACCAGCUGGGCACCUCCAAAGGGGCAAGGUGAACCCCUGGACUGGAUCUGCCUGGUGUUUCCCCAGCCCAGAGCAGCUCUGAGCCUGGGAAGUGCUGUGGCUGCUGUCAGGUCCCUCCUGCAGAGGUUUCUGGUUUAAGCUCUGUCCUUUGGGUUGUGCAUUUUGCCUUUCCCUGCUGCUGGAGGGGCAGGGUGGCCGGGUGGCAGCUGGUGCCCGUGCUGGGGGUGGCACCAGGGCCCUCCCUGCUGGCUUUGCGUGGCUCCAUCCCUGCUGCUGUGAGCAGCAGAGGUGCUGCAGCCCUCGGGCUCGGUUCUGGUGUGUGGCUGUCCCCUGCCGGGUGUCCCCCUGGAGCAGGAGGGCUGCGAGGGUCUGUGCAGGAAGAGCUGUGUGCUGCGGUGCCACGGCUGGCCAGCUCCUCCAGCCCUGGCUGCCCUCCAGCCCCUGAUGAAGUUUCACUUCCCCCUGUCAAGCUCCAGGCAGUUCUGGUUCCACUGCAACAAUGGAGCUGACGAUGUGCCAGUCCCUCUUUGGGACAAACUUGCUGGCUCUGCAUCUCCAGAUUUUCACAGUCGUGGGCCAAAGCUUCCAUCUGACAACAGGGCUGGGUGUUCUUGCUGGGCUGGCACUGUCACCCCCUGUCCCUGCUUGGGCAGGCUCUUCCUUUUGCAGGGCUCGUUUCUCUCCUGGCUUUGGAGAGGUUUCCCUCUUUCUGGCCCAAGCCCAGCACGAUCUCCUGCCCUUUCCAAGUGUGUCUCACCUAUGGAAGCAGCUCUGAAGUGUCUUAGUCCCUCAGCUGCCCUCUGUGUGGGUGGCUGGUCCUGCUGUGGGGGUGUGGUGGAUAAGCUGCCUCUGGAUUUGUGACCCUGAGCAGAGCAGCAAAAGCCCUGACAGAGUCGGCUGGGCAUUGUUGGGUGGAUCAGCCCAUACAAAGGGAUGUUGGUGGAAAGUACUCGUUGUGAUCAGAAAGGAGCUAUCAAUGUUUACAGCCCAGAUUCCGAUCCCUCUUUUGUUAAUUGUCAAAUAAAAAAAAAACAACAAAAAAACCUCUAUAUUUU